AUGAUGGUGGAUAAGGAUGGCCAAGUUACAGUAACCAAUGAUGGGGCAACAAUUCUUAGUAUGAUGGAUGUUGAUCAUCAAAUAGCCAAACUCAUGGUUGAGCUGUCGAAAUCUCAAGAUGAUGAAAUUGGAGAUGGAACAACUGGAGUUGUUGGUAAGACUAAAAAUGUUGUACACUAA